GUUCUAUAUUUCUGCAGUUCCCAUAUCGUUUGUUCAGUACAAAUAACUUGCCCAUUUUUGGAAAUUCUUUUCUUAAAUCAAAAUUGAAAAUUGGGAAAUAGAAUUGUGUUAGCUUCAACUGAUAUUUCAGUGUUUUCUUUACAUUACUCUAAAUUAAACAACUUUGUGUUUCCUUUUGCUUUAUGUUCCGACAAAUAUCCCAAUUAUCUCUGUAAUUUCCUGUGAAAAAGAAAAAAAAGGGAAGAAAUUUGUGGUUUCCUGUAAAAAAAGAAGAAGAAAGCCUUGUUUUUUAAACCAGCCUUCUGCUUCGGAGUUUCGAGCAUCAAAUUUGCUUCUAUUUUUCUCUUUAUAUGUGUUCAAAAUUGAAUUUUAAUCAAGUUUGACCUUUGUGUUAGGGUUCUUAAUUCGUUAACUGAAAUUUUAAGUAUCCUUUUAUCUUCCGCUAAAUUACCCCAAUUGUGUUAGGUUUAUCUUUCGAGCAUCAAACUUGCUUCUUUUUACUUCAUUUGUGUUCAAAAUCGAAGUUCAGUCGAGGACAUAUUCAUGGGUUCUUUGUCUGAAAGUUGAUUUUGUUGUUUUGUUUUUCUUAAACCUUGUUGUUAAUUUAGAUUAACAAUACCAAAAGGAGAAAUCUUGAGAUUGUGGCUUGUGUGUUUCUUUUAAUAGUGAGUGAAGAAGAAGAAGAAGAAAAAAGACAGUCUUUGAAUGGAUUGGAACUUUAAACUCAGCUCAGGAUAUUUAUCCGAAUUCGAUCAAGAAUCUGUACCGGUAUCAACCCCAAUCGAUGGCUCGAUCUCGUUUGGUGGGUCAUCAUCAUCAUCAUCAUCAAGAUUGCAGCCAAAAGGGAAUUUUUCAUUCGAUCUGAAACUUGGAAGAAACACUGGAAACUCAUCUUUCUCUGCUUUUGGUAAUACAGAGCAAGUGAUAAGUCUUAGUAAGUGGAAAGAGAGUGCAAUAACAAAACCAGAGGCUUCAAGAAGCUCUGGUUCGUCGAAAAGAACAAGAGGAAAUGGUCUUGGAAACAACCAGAUCCCGAUCUGUUUGGUUGAUGGAUGUGAUUCUGAUUUUAGUAAUUGUAGAGAGUACCAUAAGAGACAUAAGGUGUGUGAGGUUCAUUCAAAAACUCCUGUGGUUACAAUUAAUGGCCAUAAGCAGAGGUUUUGUCAACAAUGCAGCAGGUUUCAUUCCUUGGAAGAGUUUGAUGAAGGGAAGAGAAGUUGUAGGAAACGUCUUGAUGGACACAAUCGAAGAAGAAGAAAACCUCAGCCUGACCAUAUUGCUCGUCCGGCAAACUUCUUCACCGGUUUCGAAGGUAGCAAAUUGUUGGAGUUUUCAGGCGCUUCACAUGUGUUUCCAACUACAUCUGUUGCAAGUCCGAGCUGGGGAAACGGUCUAGUAAGCGUUGCUAUGGCUAAUGGUUCGGUUUACAGACAGAACCAGGGGUUUCCUGGUUCAUCUCCUGCAAAGACAGGCAUAAUGUUCCCAAUCUCUUCUUCACCAGACAAUAGAGGGAAACAAUUCCCUUUCUUGCAAGAAGAAGAGAGCUCAAGAACAGCAUCGUUGUGUGAGAGAAUGACGAGUUGCAUCCAUGACUCUGAUUGUGCUCUCUCUCUUCUGUCAUCCUCUUCCUCGUCAGUGCCUCAUUUGGUUCAGCAGCCAGUUUCUUUGUCCCAAGAAGCAGUAGAGACAGUUUUUUAUGGGUCGGGAUUGUUUGAGAAUGCGAGUGCAGUCUCUGAUGGAUCGGUUAUAUCUGGUAGUGAGGCUGUGGCUCUUCCACAAACGUUCCCGUUUCACUGGGAGUAGUAGAAGAGAAGUAGUUAGAUAGAAUCAGAAGGAAAUAUUGUGUGUGUUUCUCUCUGUCUCUCUUCUCUUUCUCCAUAAUUUUUCAAUGUUUUUCUACUUCAUUGUUAUUGUUAAAUGCUGAGCUGUGGGUGUUUGAUGACAUUUCAAUUAGUUAAUGUGUAGGUUGUAUUGGUUUAGGAGCUAAGAGUAGAUAAACUCUUUAUGUACACAUCUCAUUCCCGGUACUAAAAAAAUCUUAAUCUCAUAGAGAAUUUUAAAACCA